AUGGCAGAACAUGACUUGGGAUUGCUCGAUGAUGAUACCUACAAGGUGAAAAUCUUGAGUCAAAAGAUCUUGGGUAUUGCUGAAGUCUAUCUGUACAAGAUCCCACGCGAGAAAGAUCCUGGACAGCAGUACUUUGCCGAUGAAUGGGUUUUGAAGCGACCCUUGAAGGAAUGUUCGUUGCGAGUGGAACGCCGCGGUGAUGCCUUGCUGCUACUGUUCACCUAUGUGCAAGAGGGCAAACAAGGUUCGACUCUAUUUGCCCUUUGCUGCAUUGACCUGAUCAACGGAAAUCAGGACAUGAAUCACCAUGUCUUGACGGUGGGAGACUCGAGCCGUUACUUUGUUGUCCGUGUAUCGGACGAACAGGGGGAGCGAGAAGCUCUCUUGGGACUCGGAUUCCGAGAACGAGACGAAGCUGCUGAUUUCCGUGCUGCCAUCUCGCAUUAUGUCAAUGCUGUCAUCAAGGAGAAAAUGGCUCGAAGUGCCGCUGCAGGAGAGGAGGAGCUUGUCGAACAGUAA